AUGGAGUCUCCAUUCUUUGACGCGGAGCCUCAACCCAAGGCCGCGAGCUUCAGGGGACGACUUCAGAUGCAGGAUUUCAUGUUCACCCCAACGAGCGAACCACCCAGCACCACCCAAGCCAGGACUACCACUGCCAACGACUCUCCUGCACCUACUGGCCCGUCAUCCCGGCUGUCCCUCCGUCGUAGUCCACGGAAGCAGACUCCACUCGGCCCCGUCCCAUCCCCGAACCGAGUCACCAAGCAGAUGGCUGGCAGCCGCAUCAAAUCCAAGACGCUCGAGUUCGCCUCAGCAUCCAUAUCUCCCAAACUCGAACCUGAAGAAGACUCACAACAGAUAUUCACCAUCCCCAAAGAACCAGACCCAAAGCCAACCCCAAAACCAAAACGCAAACGCAAGGCCGCCGGGGGCUACGCCCCGCCCUCAACCUACGCCCACCUCCCCCACCUAACCGACAUCCUCGCGCCCAACCUCCUCAUCCUCUUCGUCGGCCUCAACCCGGGCCUCCGCACCGCGGCCCUCGGCCACGUCUACGCCCACCCCUCCAACCUCUUCUGGAAACUCCUCUUCUCCUCGGGCAUCACCCCGCGCCUCUGCGCGCCCGCAGAGGACCGCGACCUGCCGGCGCUGUACGGGCUGGGCAACACCAACAUUGUCGCCCGCCCGAGCCGCAACGGCGCCGAGCUCUCCAAGGCGGAGAUGGACGAGGGCGUCGGGGCCCUCGAGGACAAGGUCAGGGGGUGUAGGCCCGAGGUGGUUUGUAUUGUGGGUAAGUCGAUUUGGGAGAGUAUCUGGCGGGUGAGGCAUGGGAGGGGGAUCAAGAAGGAGGAGUUUCGGUAUGGGUGGCAGGAUGAGAGCGAGAAUAUGGGCGUCGUUGUGAAGGGAGAGCAGGAGGAGGGGAUGGGAGAUGGCAUCGAGGCGUUCGAGGCGUGGGCUGGCGCCAAGGUGUUUGUUGCUACCAGCACGAGUGGUCUUGCUGCCACGCUCCGCCCGGCUGAGAAGGAGAGGAUUUGGAGGGAGCUGGGUGCUUGGUGUGAGCGUAGGCGGGCUGAAAGG